ACGAGCAGAAGCAGCAGCAGCGACAGGAGCAGGCCUUCGUUCGUCAAAGGGAAGUUUUGCCUUUCAGGCUUGCCGUAGUGUUGUACAACAUUGAGCGCGAAGUUUACCGGGAUAAACCUGAGCCGAGAGGAAAGUGCAGUCGUAAAACUAAUGCCAUUCUAACUGUUGCUGAUUACGUUGCCUUUUAGGUCAGUGGCCUUUAGUUAUUCUUUUAUAAAGUAACAGCAAAACAGCAGCACAGAGUUGAGCGCCUUUGCUGUGGAAAUGACGCAGACAGAGCCUCUAAGUGUCUCUGAGUAACAAGGACACUAGCAGCAACACGGAGAGGAAAGGAGUCUCAACAUAGCAGCCACGGCGAAGAAACAAAGAAAAUGAGAAGGAGUCUUGCCCCCAGUCAGAUUGCUAAACGGAAACAGUCUGGAGAUUCCUGUCAAGAUGAUGACUGGACAUUUACAUCUGCUGAGAAAAGACGAAAAGGUGAUAAUGAAAUGAGAGAAAUUAGUACUUCUCCUUUCAGAAAGCCUCUGACACAGCUGAAUAACCCGCCUGCAUGUGUCGAUGGUGACAAACAUGAGGCAUUUAUUCGAAGUAUCCUCUCCAAGCCAUUUAAAAUUCCCAUUCCAAAUUACACAGGCUCUCUGGGAAUCAGGGCGCUUGGUCUAAAGCGUGCAGGAGUAAGGAAAGCACUUCACGAUCCCUUUGCAGAAGAUGCUUUGGUCCUUUAUGAACCCCCAAAUCUGAGUGCUCAUGACCUGAUCAAAGCUGACAAAGAAAAACUGCCUGUCCAUGUUGUUGUGGAUCCAGUUUUAGGAAAAGUGCUCAGACCCCAUCAGAGAGAGGGGGUGAAGUUCCUGUGGGAGUGUGUGACUGGCAGACGCAUCCUAGGAUCAUAUGGCUGCAUCAUGGCUGAUGAGAUGGGUCUGGGGAAGACUUUGCAGUGUAUCACCCUCAUGUGGACUCUGCUACGCCAAAGCCCUGAUGCUAAGCCAGAGAUAGACAAGGCCAUUGUGGUUUCACCUUCCAGUCUGGUUCGCAACUGGUACAAUGAAGUGGGAAAGUGGCUGGGAGGGCGUGUUACACCUGUGGCCAUCGAUGGAGGUUCAAAAGAUGGGAUCAAUAGACAACUAGAGAACUUCAUCUCUCAGCAUGGUUUGAGAGUACCGACCCAAAUUCUGAUCAUUUCAUAUGAAACAUUUCGUCUGCACGCUGAGGUUCUGCAUAAGGGCAAUGUUGGACUUGUCAUCUGUGAUGAGGGCCAUCGGUUAAAGAACUCUGACAACCAGACAUACCAGGCCCUGAAUACCAUGAGUGCCAAGAGGAGAGUGCUGAUAUCAGGCACCCCCAUCCAGAACGACCUGCUGGAGUACUUCAGCCUAGUCCACUUUGUUAAUUCUGGGAUCCUUGGUACAUCCCAGGAGUUUAAAAAGCGAUUUGAGCUUCCCAUCCUCAAGGGUCGAGAUGCAGAUGCCAAUGAUAAAGACAGACUGGCUGGGGAGGAGAAACUCAAGGAACUGAUCAGCAUUGUCAACAGGUGUUUGAUAAGGAGGACCUCUGAUAUCUUGUUUAAAUAUCUGCCUGUGAAGAUCGAGCAAGUUGUGUGUUGCAGGCUGACUCCUCUGCAGACAGAGCUCUACAAGUGCUUGCUCAGGCAGGCUAAACCCAUUGAGACAUUACAAGAGGGCAAACUAAAUGUCUCCUCCCUGUCUUCCAUCACGUCACUCAAGAAACUGUGCAAUCACCCAUCUCUUAUUUAUGAGAAGUGUGUGGAGGGUGAGGAGGGCUUUGAGGGGGCGCUGGACCUGUUUCAACCUGGCUACUGCAAUAAAGCUGUGGAUCCUCAGCUCUCUGGUAAAAUGCUGGUCCUUGACUACAUCCUGGCAAUGACAAGAACUACAACUAAUGAUAAGGUGGUGCUCGUCUCCAACUACACCCAAACACUAGACCUCUUUGAAAAGCUGUGCAGAGCCAGAAGAUACCUCUAUGUUCGGUUGGAUGGCACAAUGUCCAUCAAGAAAAGGGCCAAGAUUGUGGAAACAUUCAACAGUCCAUCUAGCCCAGAGUUCAUCUUCAUGCUGAGCAGCAAGGCUGGUGGAUGUGGCCUGAAUCUGAUUGGUGCCAAUCGCUUGGUUAUGUUUGAUCCUGACUGGAACCCAGCCAAUGACCAGCAGGCAAUGGCACGGGUGUGGAGAGAUGGCCAAAAGAAGACCUGUUACAUCUACAGGCUCCUCUCUACUGGGACCAUUGAGGAGAAGAUCUUGCAGAGACAGACCCAUAAGAAAGCCCUGAGCAGCUGUGUGGUGGAUGAGGAGCAGGAUGUGGAGCGUCACUUCUCUCUGGGAGAACUCCGAGAACUCUUCAUACUCAACGAGGAGACCACCAGUGACACACAUGACAAGUUUCGCUGUCGCCGCUGUGUGAAUGGCAUGGAGGUUCGGCCUCCUGCAGAUGACUCUGACUGUACCAGUGACCUUUCACAGUGGAACCAUUGCUUCAACAAGAAGGGCCUGAUGGACCAAGUGUUGAAAGCCUCCUGGGAUGCUGGUGUCUCUUUUGUUUUCCACCAGCGCUCCCAUGAGGACCAGAAGGGUGUAGUAUAGCAUGAAUGCAACAGUUUCUAUCACACUAUCACAUGCACUGUAUAUACUGUUAUUUAUUUGUUGUUGAGGUUUUCUUUAUUAUUAUUAAAACAGAAACAAUUAAGGAGAAUGAUUUAUUGGUAGCGAUUGCAGUAACUUCACAAAAAAUUGCAUUACGGGCAAAAUGUUUUAACACUGGCAGUGGAUUUACCAGUCGUGCCUAGUCAUCUUAAGGUAUACCAGUAACUGUAUAUAUGUAUAUAUAUAUAAAUAUACUGUAUAAUGCAAAACAGUUCUACAGUAAUAGAUGGAUGGCAACUACUGGUUGUCCAUUAAAAUGUUGAGAAUCAGAGGCAAACUGUAAAGCAAUUUGUCAAGAUGUAAAAGUGUGAAUAAAAAAAAGUGUUCAAAUUUGUGUGUCAUCAUAAGUAACAGUGUGUACAUGACUAACAAGGUGAAGUCCUGUUUGUUCAUGAGCAAAUCACAUUUUACUGUUACAGCCAAUGUGGUAGGCCCCACCUAUAGUAUUAUAUCUUGGAAGGAACAGUUAAAGACUGACUGCACCCAGAUAAUAAUUUGUUUGUGUUCCAGAGCAGUGCUGACAAUAUAAGAUAAGAUAAGAUGAACUUUAUUGAUCCCGCAGUGGGGAAAUUUACUUGUCUUGGCAGCUCACAAGAACAGAAAAAGUGUG